ACAAAACUAAAUUAAAAAUGACACUUUUAGCUUCAAUUUCAUCACUCGGUAAUACUUCAUCAAUUUCAAAAUCAGCUUCAAUGAGAUCUUAUAACUCAUCAUCAUUACAAAGCUCAAACAAUGUUCAAUGUGGUGGUGGCUGUGGUAAUGGCGGCCUUGUUCCAAAUCUUGUCGGUGGUCUUUUAGUUACUACUGGUGCUUUAGUUGGUACUGUUGUUGGCACUGUUGGCGGUCUUGUCAAUGGUUUAUUAGGUACUGGAAGUUGUGGUUGCAAUUAA